AUGAGUCACAUGACAUGUUUAAGGUCCUCAGAAAACCUGGAUAACAGCAAAGGUUUAUCAGGUUUAGUUAAUCCAGCUAAAGAAAACCUGGAUAACAGCAAAGGUUUAUCAGGUUUAGUUAAUCUGUCUAAAGAAAACCUGGAUAACAGCAAAGGUUUAUCAGGUUUAGUUAAUCUGUCUAAAGAAAACCUGGAUAACAGCAAAGGUUUAUCAGGUUUAGUUAAUCUGUCUAAAGAAAACCUGGAUAACAGCAAAGGUUUAUCAGGUUUAGUUAAUCUGUCUAAAGAAAACCUGGAUAACAGCAAAGGUUUAUCAGGUUUAGUUAAUCUGUCUAAAGAAAACCUGGAUAACAGCAAAGGUUUAUCAGGUUUAGUUAAUCUGUCUAAAGAAAACCUGGAUAACAGCAAAGGUUUAUCAGGUUUAGUUAAUCCAGCUAAAGAAAACCUGGAUAACAGCAAAGGUUUACCAGGUUUAGUUAAUCUGUCUAAAGAAAACCUGGAUAACAGCAAAGGUUUAUCAGGUUUAGUUAAUCUGUCUAAAGAAAACCUGGAUAACAGCAAAGGUUUACCAGGUUUAGUUAAUCUGUCUAAAGAAAACCUGGAUAACAGCAAAGGUUUAUCAGGUUUAGUUAAUCCAGCUAAAGAAAACCUGGAUAACAGCAAAGGUUUAUCAGGUUUAGUUAAUCUGUCUAAAGAAAACCUGGAUAACAGCAAAGGUUUAUCAGGUUUAGUUAAUCUGUCUAAAGAAAACCUGGAUAACAGCAAAGGUUUAUCAGGUUUAGUUAAUCUGUCUAAAGAAAACCUGGAUAACAGCAAAGGUUUACCAGGUUUAGUUAAUCUGUCUAAAGAAAACCUGGAUAACAGCAAAGGUUUAUCAGGUUUAGUUAAUCUGUCUAAAGAAAACCUGGAUAACAGCAAAGGUUUAUCAGGUUUAGUUAAUCUGUCUAAAGAAAACCUGGAUAACAGCAAAGGUUUAUCAGGUUUAGUUAAUCCAACUAACUCAGAAAGCCUGGAUGUUAAACCUGGAACCAAACGAUGA